AUGAUGUCUGUGACCGUCGAGCAAAUCCACUCUAGCUCUAAUAAACCCGGGGCUUUUCGUGUUAAGGACAGCGGUGCUGGAGUCGUCCAAAUUGCGUUAGGAGUCGCCGCACUCUCCUCCUUGGCCAUUGCCGACAAGAAACCCGAGUCCGGGGAGAACUCCGAUAGGGUUCAGCGCGACAACAUCGGGCUCGGCUACGGCAGCCCGAUCGGCUACGGUGCCCAAGAACGGGAUUCAUACGGACCCCCUGCUCCUUCCUAUGGCGGACAUGGUGGACACGGUGGACACGGGCACCACGGAGGCGGAUAUGGCGGUGGAUUCAGCAGCAGCAGCGGCGGUGGAUACACUCAUUAUGCGAAGCCGGCGGUGAUCCGCAUCCCAGUCAAGAUCCCGAUCCCAAUCACAGUCCCGAAGCACUCUCACCACCACCACUACCACAAGCACAUCCGUGUCACCCCGGUCAACCAUCACCACAAGCACGUCAAGGUAUACCCGUUGUACCAGCAACACCGUCACGUCAAGGUUGUCCCGCACGUCACUAAGGUCAUCAAGGUCCAGAAGCCCAUUUUGGUGAAACCCAUCGUGACCCCGAUCUACAAGCCUGUCGUCCACGAAUACAAGACUGUCGAGCACAAGAGCUACGACGGCGGCGAGUACCAGGGCAAGGUGAGCCACAGCCACUCCGACGGCGGCAGCUACAGCGGCGGCGUCCACAGGCAGAACUUCGACGACGGUGUUCGUCAUAUCAACAAGGGUGUUGUCCACAUUGGCGGAUACGGCGCUCCUCAGGUUAAGACCCUUCCCGCGAUCGUGAACCAGGGUUACAACGCGGCUCCGUCGUACGCAGCCCCCGCAGUUAGCCCAGCUCCAGGUUACGGCGCCCCGGCCCCGGAUACGGGAUACGGAGCUCCAUCCGGAGGCUAUUCCAGGUCGGACUCUCAGGAAGCUGCCCCAGCCUCCGGUGGAAGCUACGGACACUAAAACUUCCUCCAAAAAGAAAAGGUUUCGGCCCGGCAAGCAGAUCACUGAGCUCAGCGUCAGCUAGAAACAGAAGCAUAAUCUGUUCAGCUCCUUCGUUUGUUAUACAUUUUCCCCCCAAUACCCCGUGUGCGUUUUUCCCCCAAAUCCCAGCGAUGGUGCCUCGAUUGCGGGUGGCAAUCCGGCCGAUCGCUAAAACAUGCCGCUCAGGUUGGUAUCAGUCGCAUGCCCAAACGACACGGGCUUCUUCAUCUUGAGCGAUAUUUAUCAACUCCUGGAUACGGAUUGUUCAUUAGUCUGGUGUUUCGAACCGAAAGCGCUUCGUGUUGUUUUGAUUUCGGACUGUGCUGAACAGUACGCUCACUGAGGAAACGAUCGCGCUGAUUCAUUUCCGGAACGGCUCUCGCCGAAAAUUUUUUAUUUUAUUUUAAUUUGGGCAAUUCGCUUCGCUGUUAUUAUCGUUUCAAAUAUUUUUUUACACCCUCCGGCCCGUCGCCGGCGAAGUAUCGCCGUGUGGCGGCGCAUGUGGACCUUUUUUUUAUUUUCGGAUGUCCUCGAGUGUAAUUAUUUCCUCUCAGUGAGUCAAAUCGUCUUUCGAUAUUUUUUCGUGUGAAAAGUACGCGUUGUCACGGACCCCCUGCGUUCAUGUGUCGUUUGAUCGUCAUGCUGUCCUGUCGUACGGUUGCCUCCGACUUUUCCAAUGAGCUUCGUCGGCUGGCAUGAGGCUAGUCGAAAUCCUCGGCAAGCUCGAGUUUACCCGUACCCCCCCCUCCCCCCCCCACCCUCCAUGUGAAUCAAAAGCAACAAGUGUUGUGUGAGGUUACCAUGUUGUCCGUGGAGGUACCUGAAAUAUAUCCCGUGGUCCGUUGUCAAAACCAUA